AUGCCAUAUGAUGUGCAACGUCUGUAUGGGCGAAAAUUACUUACAAUACUACUGGCUGCCAUGAACUGGCUUGCCAUCACUGGUGCUAUCAUUACAGUGAUGCCCUCUCUAGAUGAUCCAGUAUGGAACAUUCCAUUCACAAGAUCUCUAUCUUGGUUUUGUGCCUCUACGGUGAUGGGUAUCGUAAGCAGUGCCAUAUCUCCAUUAGCUGCCCUGCGUGUACAUGCCUUGAGCGGAGGCACCUGGUACUGGGUAUUGCCAGUUUGGCUCCUCGGUAUGGCGCCCCUGGGCUACAACGUAGCAUGGCUUAUUAUUGUGAAACUUGAAUCCGCGGGCAUGAAUCCAGUGACCUUCAAUACUGGAGUGUAUGCAGAAUUUGCUGACUUUUUCGACUUCAACACACUCAUUGACACCUACAGGAUGUUUGUCGCUUCCACUGUAUCUAUGGUUGUGUCGGACAUCCUCGUAGUCGUAGCAACAUGGUACUGCAUCAGCCGUACAAGCUCGGUCAGAACACAACUGGUACACGAUAUGUGGACUGCAAAACCCAGUCUCACAACCGUCAUGUUCCGAGUGGAUCUCGCCGCAUACAACAGCAUGCUUUCUCCAAUCUCGAAGACGACUUGGAUUCAAGAAGCGAAGAUGAUGCAGGAGACGCGGGCAAUGAUGGAAUAG